GUGAUCGCUCCCUCCCCCGCCCCCCAAAAGUCCCGCGGAGCCGCCUGCCCGCGGCGGAGCGGAGCGGCGCGGCCCCGGCGCGCGGAGGGAGCCUGUUCAUUGCUCUGAUGGCUCUGCCACCUCCAGAUCCAGAGUUUGUCCUGAGAGGUACCAGUGCUGCAGUCCACACUUUGCAUUUUUCCUGCGGAGGCCAAGAACCCGAUUUCCCAAUUCUUUACUCUGGGUCAGAGAAUGGUUUUGUCCAUGUCUGGAACCUGAAAACACGAAGAGUGGACACAGCGCUGGAUGGUCAUGAAAGAAAGUCUGUCUACUGGGUAGAAACAAUGAAUACUAAAGACAGGCUCCUUAGUCAGGGUCGUGACCAAAGGAUCUGCCUGUGGGAUUUAGCAGAAGGACGGACUUCAGUGAUGGAUUCUGUUUUCACGGAGAAUGUGGGAUUCUGCAGAUGCUCUCUGUUAAAGGUGGCACAGGGACGCUGGCUAGUGGCCAUGGCAGCCAAAUCCCUAGAGGAGGUUCAGGUUUUGGAGCUGCCAUCCAAGACGUCAGUCUGUACCUUGAAGCCAGAGGUGGGUGCCAAGCUGGGCAUGCCCAUGUGUCUUAAGUUAUGGCAGCUGGACUCUGGUUCUCAACCUUGGCUUCUGGCUGGCUAUGAAGAUGGAUCAGUGGUCCUUUGGAAUCUGUCAAUGGGAAAAGUGUUGAGCCAACUUGUUUGCCAUCAGGAGCCAGUGAUGAGCCUUGACUUUGACUCAGAGAAGGCCAAGGGGAUCUCAGGCUCAUCUGAAAAGGUGCUUAGCAUCUGGAGCCUCAAUGAGCAACAGAACCUCCAGGUUCACAAAAUACACAAACUUGUCAACUCUGGCAUAUCUGAUAUUACCAUCCGUUCAGACAAGAAGAUCUUAGCCACAGCAGGGUGGGAUCAUCGCAUCAGGAUCUUCGGCUGGAAAAAAAUGAAGCCCUUAGCAGUGCUGGACUACCACACAGCCACUGUCCAUUGUGUCUCCUUCUCAGAUCACAGAAACCCAAGUGAGAGACUGCUAGCAGCUGGCUCGAAAGAUCACCGCAUCAGUAUCUGGUCAAUAUAUACUCAGGCAUGACAUGUUCUGCACUUUCAUGGGCUAGAAAGCAAAACUGGUGAAGCAGUAAUUUGGAUCUGGAUAUGGGGAAGCAAUAGAGCCUAUUUCCAGGCUGAAGUGAGAGUCUCUGGAAAGUGUUGGAUUAAUUUUUAUGCUGCUUGUUCAACAGCAAUGUUGCAAGUUUUGUUUUCGAGAGAGGGGACUUGAUUUUUAAAAUUUAUCGUAAGUGGAGCAAAGCUAGUCAUGAAUGAAGACACAAGACAAGUAGCUCCAAGUUCUGUUGCAGGCUUUGCCAUGGCUUUUUCUUUGGCAAGUUGCUUGACAAACUAUGCCAGUUUCUUCUUUUGUGAAAAGGGACUGGAAUCUCUGAGACUUCUGUUGGGGAAGAAUACAUCUGUUUGUAAGUCAUUUAUGUAUCCAAGCCUCUGAAUCGGUGUAAAACAUGACUCUGUCUUGAGAAUUUAUACCAUUAAACCACCUCCAGUGGUUUCUCAUUGUCAGUU